AUGUCGACUGAAACGGAUUUCGAGCUGGUUGAAGAGUCGGAACGCAAAUCGAGCACUUCGGAAAGUUUCGAAAAUGUUGACGAGAAUAAGGGUUGGUGAAUUUGGGAGGGGUUUUUGAGGGAAAUCCAUAUUUUCAGCAAAAAUAGCAGGAUUUUCGGCUGAAAAUCCAUAGAUUUUCCAAGAAAACUUCAUUUUCCAGCUGGAAAUCUCGAAUUUUCAUGAGAAUCUACCAAAAAUUAGCUCGAAAUUCUAGUUUUUUGUUGGAGAAAAUCAAAAUUUCAUUAAAAAUUUGGUUUCCCAGUCAUAAAAUUAAUGAAAAAUCCCCAAAUUCUUCCAGAAGAAAUCAGCAGUGCAGAUGAAGCCGAAGAGACUCUAGAAGCCCCAAAAAAAGCUGAAAAUCAAGCUGAAAAUGAGCCAGAGCCAGAAGAAGAGCUCAAGCUCCCCUUCGUUGAUCAAUCAAUAAAAGACGACGCGGAAAAGCCGGCGGAAAAAGAUGGUGAACAAUUGGUGCAAGAUGCGCUAACUCAACCAAUCCGCGCAGAUCAGGAGCAAUUUUAUAGCCCCGAGGACAAUAGAAGAGCCAUAACAUUGCUCAUAUUAUUCUCGGCAAUGAUGUUCACUCUUCCAUUAUUAGUCAUGUUCACACUGUAUUAUUGGGUUUUUAUCGAUUAUUUCCAUUUGCCGGCGGAUCGAGCUAUGCUUUAUGCUGGAAUUUGUGCGGCUUGUGUUGUUGUGGCGAUUUGUGCGGCGUUUGCGUGGAUUGCGUGGAAAGAGGAGAAGGAGGCGGAGGAGAAGCUGAAGAAACUGAAAUAA